UGGAUUCAUAAGGCUGGUAGAUGUGGUAGGUGUGUCCGUGUUAUCCAUGUUCAUGCUACUUAGACUCUCACCAUUAUGACUUGUGAGAGUAAUUGAAGGGGAAGUUAUUGCUGGCUACCUGGUGGAUGACAUGGCAGAAAGGUCAAAGGUUGACUACUGCUGCUCUCUGGCUGGAGCUUAGGUUGCUGGAGGGUGGUGGGCAGCUGGAGCUGAAAUAGUGGUGGCUGAUGGCUUGAGAGAGUGGUAUGUCUUCAACUAAAGGUGAUGGCAUCUGGGGAAGAUUUUGACUUGUCCACUUUGAAGUUUCAGCUAAGCCAAACACAAACAAUGUGGAAGGAGGACAUGGAAAGAAGCCAAUCCCAAAUUGAUGAUUUGCAAGGAAAACUUGAGGAAGUAAAGGCUUGUAUGCAUGGGUCCGAGGAAGAUGCAAGAAAAGAGUUGGAAGUUCUUUGGCGGAGAGUCAAAACUACAGCAACAUUGUUGACUUACUUGAAAUCAAAGGCGAGACUCAUGGCUGUUCCUCAUUUAGCCCAUACUUCAUGUGGCAUUAAACAGUUGGAUGGGGUUGGGCUUGUUGACAAAAAUGGAGUACCCUUUUCUAGUUGGUCUAAGAACAUAGAUAUUUCUUCCUUUGACAAUCCAGACGAGGAAUCAUGGAUUGGCAUUAGCCUUCAACGUGGAUCCCUUGAUGAACAAGAUGGAGCCUAUAUUGGUGAAGUGCUGAAGAAUGUGCAAAUGGUGACUGAUGUAAUGGAAACCCUAGUGAAGAGGGUUCUUAUGGCAGAAUCUGAAACUGCUAUUGAGAAAAAGAAGGUAACUUUAGGUCAGGAAGAGAUAAAUAAGAAGGUAGUCCAAAUUGAGAGCAUGUCUAUGAAGUUGGAGGAGAUGGAAAGGUUUACGCUCGGCACAAAUGGUAUUUUGAAUGAGAUGCGACAGAGGGUUGAAGAUUUGGUUCAAGAAACAUCGAGACAGAGGCAACGAGCAGCUGAAAACGAACAAGAGCUUUGUCGCGUGAAGCAAGAUUUCGAGUCCCUGAAAACUUAUGUUAGUAGCCUUAUCAAUGUGAGAGAGACGCUUUUAUCAUCAGAGAAGCAGUUCCAAACAAUUGAGAGGCUUUUUGAGCGGUUAGUUGCAAAGACAACACAGUUGGAGAGUGAGAAAAUGCAGAAAGAAACUGAAGUCCACAAACUUAUGGAAGAGAACAUGAGGUUGACGACUCUACUUGACAAAAAAGAGGCCCAGCUCUUGGCCAUGAAUGAACAAUGCAAGGUCAUGGCUUUGAGUGCUUCAAAUAUUUAGUUCUGAUAUCAUUUCGCCUAAUCUUUGAUCCACUCGGCUGCCACCUUCCGGCCCUCCUGUCUGUAUCGGUGAAUAAUAUCAAGCUUGAAAAUAUGCCGGGGCAUCUUUUUUAAGAUGUGCCGUUUAGAGGAGCUUGUGGAAGUUAAUAUAGAAGAGAUGCUACUGUGGUGGAGUAAUGUUGUCGACUGGAGCAAUAACAUUCCGUUUGCUGGAAUCCAGAGUUGUAGUUUUCCGAACACUCGAUAGGUUUCAUUGUAUAAUUUCGGUGAGUAGUUGCGGUAUCAUUGCUGCAAACUUCGACCAAGCGGGUAACAACCUUAUGUUUCUCUUUACAUUGUGGCAUUACCAUUUUGUUUCCUUAAAAAAAGACCGAUAAUUUGCAAUUGUAAGUUAUUCUAAACAAUCACUCAAAGUUGUGUGUCAUUCGCUUCAAA